CGCUUCAGUUGAAUGCGGAAUCUUUUUUUUCUUGCUCGUUGCCGUCUGUGGGUGUUCUGGGCGGAUGCGUGUUCUGCUUGCGGCCCUUCAUAUUGUUAUUUUCUGGGAGUUCGAGUGACGCUCUGUCGCAAUCUGGUUGCGGAAGUGAAGCGCCUUCGUUCGUUACCUGCCCAUCGGCAGGUGGCGUUUAGAUUUGUGGGACUACCAAUCGUCCGAGUCAACGUUACCAGAAUAGCAGACGCCGGACAGGAACCACCCGGCCGUUAUCGGGAGCAGGUGCUUCUCCCUGGCUUGAAGUCAGGUAUCCGUUCGGUGACAACAUUGGUGAAGGAUAUUGUUACCAAUGGAGCAAGAGUCCAGCAAGGAUGAGAGCUCCAGCCGCCAAUCACAACAACCUGCUGGUGGCACUGCAAUGGAAGCAGGAUCUGAAGAGGAGAGUGAGGACAAGUAUCAACCACCAGAUCUGGCGGAGUACGGUGAUCACUACUACUCAACCGAUGCACCUCAUCCAGACCUGGUGAGAGCAUGUGAAGAUGACGAUGUGGAACAAGUCCGACAAACCGUGAAUAUCGGCACUCCAACUGAACCUGUGACUAGACCGGAUCUCUUGGAACAAGUGCCGGAGUCAUUUUUUGGAGACAAUGAUGAUGACGAGGAUGAUGACGAGGAUUGCAGAAUUCCCAUGACAAUCAUGGCUCUUCUGAUACUGGCAGCAUGCUACUAUGGCAGCAUUCAUUGUGUCCAGUUUUUACUGUGGUGUAAUCCGUCGCUCUUGCACGGCAAAGUUAUGUUCAACGUCUAUAAUGAGCCACGGCAGGACUGCGAACCAGCAUCACUUCUACAUGUCUGCGCGUUCCGUGGACAUAAAGCACUGUGUGAGCUGCUGAUAAAAAAGGGUGUCGACGUUAAUGUCCAAGAUAAGGUGAGCUUUGGAGGUGGAAUGCACCAAUCAAAUGCACUUUGCAACAAACUCUUGUGACAUCAAGUAUUUUUCAAGGACACCAAACCAUUUGUCCUCAUGUGCUGAAUAUUGAUGUGCGCAUGUGG